CACCGGUCCUGCAACUCGAAGGGACCUAGUUGCUAUACAAAAAAGUAUCACUAUGGCGGCUUCACAAAGGCUCCUGUUACUGUGAAGAUCACGUACAAUACACGUCACUGCGUUUGUCUGUAAAGGAGAAACACUACAGGAAUAUCUGACAAUUUAAUUUGCGCUGAACAAGACAAUGUCUGACAAGAACCAAACCUCAGACCUUCCUGGUGCACAAGGAGGGCGUCUAGAGGAAAACCCGGGCACUGGGCUAUUAAAUGUGAAGGAAGAGGAUGAGACAGAUGAUAUGAAUAGUCAUCAGACUGAAAUACAUUGCUCCCUCCCUGCCGAUGAAGAUAACGCUGGUAUAGUGAAAGUUGAGAUAACAGAAGAUUUGUGUGUGAAACAUCAGCUGGGAGCUCCGGAUAAGGAAACCAGUGACAGUAUCAGCCCAGGCCGUAUGGAUGUGACGCCUUCAGAUGGCUCAGUGGUUGAGCACAGAGGAGAACCGUAUGUGUGUAAUUACAUGAAGACUGAGGAGGAUGAAGUUCCUAUAAAUACCGCUACAGGUGAUGUUAAGACUGAAGUCACUCUUAAUACUGAACAGACAAAUGACUUGGAACCUUUGAAGCAGGAAAUCAGUGACAAUAUCAGUACAGGUGAUGUUAAGACUGAAGUCACUCUUAAUACUGAGCAGACAAAUGACUUGGAACCUUUGAAGCAGGAAAUCAGUGACAAUAUCAGUACAGGUGAUGUUAAGACUGAAGUUACUCUUAAUUCUGAACACACAAAUGAUCUGUAUGUAAAGAGUCAGCAGGAAGCUGUGAAGCAGGAAAUCAGUAACAAUAUCAGUACAGGUGAAUUUACAAACUUCAGUAAUCCUAGUCCUAGCCAUGGUGAAAAUACAGAUACUUGUUUCAAUCUUCUUCAAAAUCAAAGAAGCAACAUGGAAAAUUUAUGUUCUGAAUAUGGGAUUUUUUUUACCAAGAAAUCAAAUCUUUUAAAACAAAAUAUUCAUACAGGAGAGAAAGCAUUUACAUGUUCUGAAUGUGAGAAAUGUUUUAUUGACAAAUCAACUCUUAUUAGACAUCAGAAAAGUCAUACAGGAGAGAAAGCAUUUUCAUGUUCUGAAUGUGAGAAAUGUUUUGCUAAGAAAUCAACUCUUAUGACGCAUCAGAAAAUUCAUACAGGAGAGUACGCAUUUUCAUGUUCUGAAUGUAGUAAGUGUUUUACUUUGAAAUCAACUCUUAGAAACCAUCAGAAAAUACAUACAGGAGAGAAAGCAUUUUCAUGUUCAGAAUGUGGGGAAUGUUUUACUUGGAAAUCAACUCUUAUGAGACAUCAGAAAAUUCAUACAGGAGAGAAUGCAUUUUCAUGUUCUGAAUGUGGGAAGGGUUUUACUUGGAAAUCAACUCUUAUGAGACAUCAGAAAAUUCAUACAGGAGAGAAAGCAUUUUCAUGUUCUGAAUGUGAUAAAUGUUUUGUUCAGAAAUCAACUCUUAUGAGACAUCAGAAAAUUCAUACAGGAGAGAAAGCAUUUUCAUGUUCUGAAUGUGGGAUGUGUUUUACUUGGAAAUCAUCUCUUAGAAACCAUCAGAAAAUUCAUACAGGAGAGAACGUAUUUUCAUGUUCUGAAUGUGGGAUGUCUUUUACUUUAAAAUCAACUCUUAGAAACCAUCAGAAAAUUCAUACAGGAGAGAAUAUGUUUUCAUGUUCUGAAUGUGGGAUGAGUUUUACUUUGAAAUUAACUCUUAGAAACCAUCAGAAAAUACAUACAAGAGAGAAAGCAUUUUCAUGUUCUGAAUGUGGGAAAUGUUUUGCUCAGACAUCAACUCUUAGAAACCAUCAGAAAAUACAUACAGGAGAGAAAGCAUUUUCAUGUUCUGAAUGUGGGAAAUGUUUUGCUCAGAAAUCAUUUCUUAAUAGACAUCAGAGAAUUCAUACAGGAGAGAAAGUAUUUUCAUGUUCUGAAUGUGGGAAGUGUUUUAUUGACAAAUCAACUCUUAGAGGCCAUCAGAAAAUUCAUACAGGAGAGAAAGCAUUUUCAUGUUCUGAAUGUGGGAAAUGUUUUACUUGGAAAUCAACUCUUAGAAACCAUCAGAAAAUACAUACAGGAGAGAAAUCAUUUUCAUGUUCUGAAUGUGGGAAAUGUUUUGCUCAGACAUCAACUCUUAGAAACCAUCAGAAAAUACAUACAGGAGAGAAAGCAUUUUCAUGUUCUGAAUGUGGGAAAUGUUUUGCUCUGACAUCAGUUCUUAUUAGACAUCAGAGAACUCAUACAGGAGAGAAAGCAUUUUCAUGUUCUGAAUGUGGGAAGUGUUUUAUUGACAAAUCAACUCUUAGAGGCCAUCAGAAAAUUCAUACAGGAGAGAAAGCAUUUUCAUGUUCUGAAUGUGGGCAAUGUUUUACUUGGAAAUCAACUCUUAUUGAUCAUCAGAGAAUUCAUAAAGGAGAGAAAGCAUUUUUAUGUGGUGAAUGUGGGAAGUGUUUUACUGACAAAUCGACUCUUAUUAGACAUCAGAUAAUUCAUACAAGAUAAAGCAUUUUCAUGUCGUGAAUGUGGGAAGUGUUUUAGUAAAAAAAAUCAACUCUUAGAAGCCAUCAGAAAAUUCAUACAGGAGAGAAAGCAUUUUCACGUGUUGAAUGUGGGAAAUGUUUUAAUCAGAAGUAAACUAUUAUUAACUCCUUAACGACCAAGGACAUACAGGGUACAUCCUACAAAAAUGGUCAGUUAAAGGGACAGUCAAGUCCAAAAAAACUUUCAUUUUUCAAAUAGGGCAUGUCAUUUUAAACAACUUUCCAAUUUACUUUUAUCAACAAUUUUGCUUUGUUCUCUUGGUAUUCUUAGUUGAAAGCUAAACAUAGGGAGGUACAUAUGAUAAUUUCUAAGCCCUUGAAGGCCGCCUCUAUUUUAUUUACUUUUCACAGCAGGGGAGAGCAAGCUCAUGUAGGCCAUAUAGAUAGCAUUGUGAUCACGCCCGUGGCUAGUGGCAGACACUGCACUAAUUGGCUAAAAUGCAAGUCAAUAGAUAAUAACUAAAAGUCAUGUGAUUAGGGGCGGUCAGAAGAUGCUUAGAUACAAGUUAGUCAAAGAAGUAAAAAGUGUAUUAAUAUAACAGUGUUGUUUUUGCAAUACUGGGGAAUGGGUAAUAAAGGGAUUAUCUAUCCUUCUAAACAACAAAAAUUGUGGUGUUGACUGUCCCUUUAAUGACAAAGGAUGUACCCUGUACGUCCAUAGGGGUUUCAAGCUGUGGAAGCGAUUCUGAUCGCUUCCAGCCGCUUUCAAGGUAUUGCAGUGAUUCCUCGAUAUUGAGACACUAUUUUUGGCACACCAAUGCAGAAAGGGUGGGAGCAGCUGCAGGGAGAAGGGUGGGCGGUCCAUCACUGGGAAACUUCUGGAGGUUAUCCAGUGUGUGCGCAUGCACGGCUGCAAUCUAAGGCAUUUGUAAAUUUGAAGUGGUGGGAGAGGGUGGUGGGUGGUAGAGGAGGGGGAUAUUUAACAACUAAAAAAGGGAUCAGGGAGGGG